UAGGAGAUUAUUUACUUUAAAAGAACAAUCAUGACUGAAUAUUACUUUACCUAUUGACCUGCCCCCUCAAAAGUGUUUGUUUAAUUAAUUCUAAUAUUAAUCACAAAUUAAAAAGGACUUAGUGGGAAAAAAAGAAAAAAAAAAUUGGAAUUGACAAUUGGCGCGACCGUUCAAAACAUUUCAAUCAAAAAUAAAUGAAAUUUUCAGAGCGAAUUAAAAAUCUGGCGCCAGUGCCUGGGGAAAGAGGGAACGAAGCGAAAAUUUCGAACAAAAGGUGUCAAAAAGCCCCAAAAGCCGGCGUUUCCCACUUCUAACAUCGUUUUUGUUCGUUGUAGAGAGAGAGAGAGAGAGAGAGAGAGAGAGAGAGAGAGAGUACGGAAAAUAAUAGGGGAUGGCAAUAGCUUCAAGCCCUGCUUCCCAGAAAAUGGUUUCAGCUAAGAAGAUGGAACGCAGCGAAACCAACAAGAGGAAACAACAAGAUGGCGAUAGUGCAAACCAACCCAAGCGCUCGAAGUGCCCCGGUGUACGCGUCGUCGGAAGCAGAAUCUACGAUUCUCAGAAUGGCAAGACUUGUCAUCAGUGCCGUCAAAAAACUAGGGAUUUCGUGGCGUCGUGUAAGAACCUGAAAAAAGACAGGCUCUGUACCAUCAACUUUUGUCACAAAUGCCUAUCCAACAGAUAUGGAGAAAACGCAGAAGAAAUGGCACUGCUGGAUGAUUGGAACUGUCCCAAAUGCAGAGGCAUUUGUAAUUGCAGUUUCUGCAUGAAGAAACGCGGUCACAAGCCCACUGGAGUUCUUGUUCAUGCAGCUAAGGCAACUGGGUUUAACUCAGUUUCUGAAAUGUUGCUUCUUAAAGGACCGGGAAAUUUGAAUAAUUUGGUUGUUUCGCCUAAAAAGCCUGAUGUAUCAAACAAGGAACCUGUGGUGAUUUCACCAAGGAAAAGAGGAAAGGAAAAUUCUUUUGAUGGAAAGAUUGAGGCAAACUCAACAUCUCCAAAUUCAUUACCAUUAUCUGGCCACAACAAAAGUAAGAAAGUAAAGAGGGAUGGAUUAAAGGAAGUAAGUGGUAGCAAUAAAGAUGAUGGGAAUUUCUCAAUCAACAAAAGUAAGAAAGUAAAGAGGGAUGGAUUAAAGGAUGUAAGUAAUGGUAAUAAAGAUGAUGGUAAUCUCUCAAACAACAGAAGUAAGAAAGUAAAGAGGGACGGAUUAAAGGAAGUAAAUAAUGGCAAUAAAGAUGGUGGAACUUUCUCAAACCAGACUACCUUAGGAAAGCCUAUAGUUUCUGAGAAAACAUUCAAAAAGGAAGUGGAAACAAAAAGGAAGGAUGAUUGCAUUCUCUCAGAGAAAAAACGUAAAAAGAAAAGGGUUUUAAAUGAUGUUUCUUCGGGUCCAGCAAAACCAGAAGAGGAGAGGAAAGUCAAUGAUGGGCAACAAGAUCCAAGAGUUUCUAAUACACUGAAAGAAGAUAAUGCUAAGGCCAAGAAGAAGGCUCUCAAGAAGUGUACCUUGAAUCUCGAGGAUAGAAAAGUUGACAUAGACCUUCCUUUGCCUCAGGGCACCAUCUUAACGACAGUAGUUGGCAUUGAAUUGCCUCCUGAAGACGUUGGGCAUGCAUUGCAGUUUUUAGAGUUUUUUGCAACUUUUGGAAAGGUUUUCGAUGUUAAGAAAGGACAAGCUGAAGCUGUACUUCGCGAAUUGAUACGUGGACGAAGUGGACGUGGAGGACAGUAUUCCACAAUUGUUCGAAUUCACACUCAGCUCUUGUCCCUUAUACAAGAGGAUGUACGAGAGGAGUCUGUUUCCUCAAGUGGCAAAAAUUCAUGGGUCCCUAUUUUGGAGAAAUGCAUUUCUGAAUCCAAAUGUUUACCAAAGGAACUAUCUUCAUUGUGUUUUGGUAGAGAUGGCAAGGGAUAUGAUGGUUUAAGCUUCUCAAAGAAACUUAGAAUCUUAAAUUUUCUCUGUGAUGAUGCUCUUUGCACAGUAAAGUUGAGGAGUUGGAUUGAUGAGCAAAAUGCAACAUUUGUAGACAGAGCAAAAGAAGCAAAAGAAAAGGUUGGUGCUGCAAAGAGCAAGGAAAAGGUUAUCAAGCAGAAGUUGCAGGAUGAGGUUGCAAAAGCUAUCAUUGAAAACAGUGGUGCUCCCCUUUCAAUUUCAGAGCAUGAGGCUGUUGUUUCAAAAAUAAAAAUUGAUGCAGCUCGAGCUCAUGCUGAGAUUCUUGAGGCAAUGGGGGCUGUUCCUAAGAAAAGUCAAAGAUCUGAUGCUGUUAGAACGGAGCCUAAUCUUUUGGAUGCUGAAGGCCGUGUUUUUUGGAAAUUAAAGUGCUUUACUAGUGAACCAGAUAUCUUGCUUCAAGAUAUGGGGAGCUGGGAUGCUGAUGGAGAGGUUGAUAAAUGGUUUGUUUAUGGUUCUGAACAGAAAGAAUCAAUAGAAAAAUACAUACGGGCAAAGAGGAGCAGUCAAAUUACUUCUCGGACUGUACCUUGUAGAAGCAUGGUGCAAGAUGUAUAACUUGAUUGAGAGAAUAAUUGAACAAUUUUUAGCCAUUAUUAGGCAGGCAGGCAAGGUAGAGAUCAAAAAGUUUGGUCGGCUGCUGAUUCUUUGAAGUUGCUUCAGAUGUAGUAUCUGGUUUCCAUUUCUGGUCAGUAUUAUUUUUGUAAAUGUAAAGAGUAAAGCUGACCUCCUGUAUAUUUUUGGAGACAAGAAUCCCAGCUGCCUAAGAAAUGGUGUUUAUGUAGUCUGAAUUUGAUUUGUAGCGGAAAAAUGUAACAUGAAAAAUUGAUUCUUGUUUAAAGUAAUAUAGUCCAUGAAUUACUUUUUGAACAAUAA